AUGGAUCACUCUUACUCUCCAGAAUCGCUUGAGCGAAUGUCGAGUCCGGAAUGGGGCCUUGAAGAUGACUCGCCACCACCCGCGCCCCGAGUCCUUGAGACGCGCGUGAAGUCAGAGUCUGCACCUCCCUUCCACCCGACGAGCGUAGACGCUGAGAACGGCUCAACCGCCCAGGAGAGCAUCUUCGUCUCAGACGACGACGUCAAAGAAGUGACGCCCGUGAAGCGCCAGCCCACCAAAGUCCAGACGAUCCCCUCCUCAUCAGAAGACGAUGAACCCAUCGCCUCCACACGUCAGCGCCACAACCUCCGCUCGUCAGCGCGCAAGCCCACCAAGCCGUCGCCAAAGAAGCCCGCCAAAGAGACUGUGGAGAAACCCAGUCCACUACCCACGAGACCACGACCCAUCCUGAAAAACGACCUGGUCGCCAAAAAAGCCGUGAUCAAAAGCAUCGAAAGCUACUGGGGCAAGAACUGGGUCAAAACCCACAUCCCCAAAUGCCACCGUCCACUCGUAAGUACCCACACACCACCCUCCUCCUUCCCUUCCACCAACACCCCACAGUACAAAAACGGCACAAAACGAAACUACAACCGCGCCCACGAAAACGACCCCAUGAAAUGGCUUCCCUUGGUCCUCAAAUCCAUCCUCAUGGUCGCCAAGCUCACCAAGAACCGAAAGUGGCUUGCGGCUACCAUGAACGAAGUCGUCCGCUACCGUGUCAAGAAUACCGGGAACCGGAAGCCGCAGCUCUGCAGCACGGACUUUGAUGUCAUGGAGGAUAUGUUGGUCAAAGACUGGGAGGUGGAGUAUGCGUUUGGGGUUUGGUAUAAGCAUUUGCUUGUUAAGGCUAAGGAGAUCCAGACUGAGGAGGAUGUGGAUAGGAUUAUGAAGGUUAGUGAGGAGGAGGAUGAUGGGGAGGAGGGGAGUGGUGGUGGUCAGGACAGUUCUGGGGGGUCUGAUUCGGAGUCGGAUGACGAUGUGAAGCAGAAGUUUGGUGGGGGUGCUUCAGACGGUCACCGGGUUAUGGGUGGGCACCACCAGUCCCCUUCAUCGACUCCUCGCGGUAAGAAGCACAAGACACCCAAGAAAGAAGUCGUCAAGGAGGAGUCGCCGACGCUGCCUCAUCCUCCGCCGCCCGGUAUGUAUGGUGGUCACUACGGCCAGCCGCUCAUCGAUCCAUGGGGUCGUCCGAUUAUUCCUCCGCAGGGUGGUGGGUUCGGUGGUUAUGGCGGUUACCCAGCCUUCAACGGCUAUGGCUAUCCACCGUACGGCCAGCCCCCGUUUCCCAUCCAAGGCCGCCAAUCAUCUCAUCCAUCUCCCUUCCCGCCUUUCUCUCGCCAGCCACCACCCAUCGCCCAUCCGCCCGGUACCCCAAAUCCUGCGCGCGCAGGUCGCGACACCCCCACGAUCAAGCGAGAGUCAUCCGGCCUUGACGGCGAGCAGGCUGAAAACUUCGGUGAUCCAGGAGUCGUCGGUCACGAGGGAGCCAUGGCCGAUGACGUUGACAUGGCCGAGAACGAGGAGACUAUCAAGGCAGCGAUGGCCGUCGUUCAGGCGGAGCUCAAACUUGCACGUCUUCAUCACAAGCAAGUGAGCAUGGCGAGUAUGGCGAAGAAGUAG